UGCUAGAGCUAAACAGCAAAAGAAGAAGAAAAGGGUGAACUGCAAGAAAGUGACAGAAAUCAUCAAGAUAAAAAUGGACAACCGCUUUACUAAAGGAAAGUCCAGCAUCCUGGAGCGGCCACUGACCAGGCCUAAGACAGAAGUGAGUGUGAGUGCGUUUGCUCUGCUCUUCUCCGAGAUGGUACAGUACUGUCAGAGCCGCGUGUACUCGGUCACAGAGCUUCAGUCUCGGCUUUCUGAGAUGGGCCAAAGUGUGGGGGCCAGUCUGCUGGAUGUGCUAGUGCUCAGGGAGAAGAACGGCAAGAGGGAGACUAAACUGCUCAACAUGCUUCUGUUCAUUAAGGUGAAUGUGUGGAAGUCCCUGUUUGGAAAAGAAGCCGAUAAGCUGGAACAAGCCAAUGAUGAUGACAAGACUUAUUACAUUAUAGAGAAGGACCCUCUGAUCAAUGCCUACAUAUCUGUGCCUAAGGAGAACAGCAGCCUCAACUGUGCAUCCUUCACAGCAGGCAUUUUGGAGGCUAUUCUCACACACAGCGGCUUCCCUGCCAAAGUCACUGCUCACUGGCAUAAAGGCACCACACUCAUGAUCAAGUUCAAUGAGUCGGUGAUAGUCAGGGACAAGGCACUGGAUGGACGAUGAUCAAAUGUAAUGCAAUCCAAAAGGACUCAUUUCCAGGUUAAUUUAUUUGAAGUCAUGGCAUUUUUUUUUUAAAUUUCCAAUAUCGGGAGUUUGCAACCACAUUACAAGUACUACCAUUACUAAAUACAUUCCCAGAAGUGUAGUUCCAAUUCUACCCUUUGACCACACAAAAACAGGGUGUAUGUGGGUGAAAAUGCACUACUAUAGAGACAGGUGUAGGAGCUAAUAUACAACAAGCAAUGUAGAUAAUGUUAAAUGUUGCUGGCUGCUUUCUUGUAAUAGGUUCUGAACAUCUUUCCUUUUUGUUGAUGAAUCAUGAAAUGAAAUAUCUUGCUUAUCAAAAUAAUAAAUGAAGUCUUGUUGAGAUAGUCUUAAGUUAUUGUUUGUUACAACAAUGUAUGAAAACGUGAGACAUUGUAAAAUUAUUGAUCAUGUCACAGAAAUUUUAUUGCAUUCUUAAGUCAUAUUUUUUCGUCUUCUUACUUAUACAUUGACUUCAGAACUCGUACGUUUUCUUUGUAAUUAUAAAACAAUGUUUAAUU